UUCUAACACCAGCGCCAUUUGCUUCACAAGAACGUCGAGGUUGCAAAAAGAACUUUGAUUGAGCGAGGGUCUUUGGGUAUUAAGCAAUAAUCCACGCAACUUUAUUUGGCUGAUCCUUAGGAAACACGAAUUGCUUGUAUUGGCACAUUCUUCACGAUAUAGGGAAUCCCGGUCUCAAAAUGCCAAACAUUAAAUUGCAGAGUUCAGAUGGGGAGACUUUUGAGGUUGAUGUCGAAAUUGCUAAAUGUUCUGUGACCAUCAAGACAAUGCUUGAGGAUCUAGGAAUGGAUGAGGAUGAUGAAGAAGUUGUUCCCCUACCCAAUGUCAAUUCUGCUAUUUUGCGCAAAGUGAUUCAGUGGGCCACAUAUCACAAAGAUGACCCACCACCACCUGAAGAUGAUGAUAAUAAGGAGAAACGAACAGAUGAUAUCUCAUCUUGGGAUGCUGAUUUUCUCAAAGUUGAUCAAGGAACUCUUUUUGAAUUGAUUCUGGCUGCCAACUAUCUUGAUAUUAAAGGUUUAUUGGAUGUUACCUGCAAGACUGUUGCAAACAUGAUCAAAGGUAAAACCCCAGAAGAGAUUCGCAAAACCUUCAACAUCAAGAAUGAUUUCACCCCAAGUGAGGAAGAGCAAGUUCGCAAAGAGAAUGAGUGGUGUGAAGAGAAGUAAAGUAUUUGAAUUGAGUUUUGUUUUCUCAUAAAAUGUGUUCUUUUGUAUCCAGCUUCACGUUUUCAAGCCAAUAAUACAACUAAUUAAGAAGCA